AUGCAGAAACUGGCAAAGCACCAGAAUGCACUUGGACAGUACUCGUCCCUGGGUACGGAAGUGUUCUUUACCGAGUUUGGGGCGGACUGGACAUCUUACAGGUCCGCGCGCAAUCGCAGGCGAGUAGACUUCAGUGGUCCUCAAUGGAGUUUGGAAACGCUCGAAGGAGAGCAGGAGAAUGGCCUUAUGCACAAGCAGUUUAUUCGUGAACACAUAGAAGUUUUAAACUUGGCAAAGAACAAGUUGACUGACAUUGGCUGUCUUAAUGCGAUGAAGGACACAAGGGCCUUCGAAUUUCGUCGUUUGCAGAUUCUCAAUGCGUCACGGAAUAUGUUGACGUUUGUCAAGCUGGUCAAUCCGAGCUUGACAGAGAUAAACCUGAGUCACAACGAGCUCAUCAAGCUCCCUGAUUUCUCAUCACUGACUCAGCUCAGCAAGUUGCUCUUGUCUCACAAUUACAUCGACGAUAUGUUAGACCAGUUUGGACAGCUGCAGAAGCUGCGCGUCCUGGACCUGUCCUCCAACCGAUUCUACUGGCGACCGACUCUUUUCAAGAAGCAGCUCGGGCACCUGGAGAGGAUCCACUUGGAGGAGCUCAGGUUUUGGCCGAACCCCUUCGCGGAGGGCUUUAAGGAAUACCAGUUUAUCACCGCGAGCACGCUGACUUCUUUGACCUCCUUGGACGGUUUUCAGAUCGACUCGGACCUAAGGUUCCAGUUGCGCGUCCAAGCGGACCAGCUGCAGUUGAACAUCGCAGACUUCUCCAUUUUCGACGUUCGUGUCGAGGAGAGGCGGAAGAGAAAUGCUCCUGUAGAGGCACUUCCAGGCAGAGAGCAGGAAGUCACAGGAGUUGUGCCCUUGCUGACCGAGCUUAUAGAAGCAAUGAGAAAGUCGUUGGACCAGCCGAACGAUCUCUUGAAGCAUGUGUAUGACUUGGAGCAGAAGGUCUCCUGCAUGUGGAACGCGCACUUCUGGGAUAGACGGAGGUUGAUGUUGGCGGAGGAUGGUGAACGAAAGCAGAGAAGCUACAUGAAGCCUGCAGAAGCAGAUCGUGCUGCAGCAGAGUUCGCUGACAAGAUGCAGCAGGUGCUCGGACGUUUCGAGAGCGUACAAGAUGUUCUUGUCAUGUGCCUGGUGCGAAUGCUUGGAUGUGGAAACAGGCAGCUGUCAGAACGCUGUGGCACCUUGCUGGCUGAGUGGGUGGAUGCGAAUGCGGAGGAGCUUCAUGACAGAAUGGACAGCAUGUCCGAAGCCUUGUUCAAUGACCUUCGCAAUGCGCUGGUUGUUGGCAUCAAGAGCAUCAAUGAGAAGCCGAUGGCCUGUUACGAAGCCUCGCAUGGUGCACGAGAGCCAGAGGAUGACUCCGAGCUGGAGCAAACUGAAGCCAGCUGGCACAUCUUGGCAGCUCUCCGCAGAUUUGGAUCAAGCAGACUCUAUGACAAGGUCGUGUCGCCUUGGCGAGCUCGCGUCCUUCGUCCUUUUCUGCCUGCUCUCUGCAGAGAAACGAAAGAGGUCUUAGGACCGGACCAGCCACCAGAUCGGUGGUCCAAAUACCAGGGUUUUGACUCCUUCUCUGAGGACGUGGCGGAGGUGCUCGAAGUCCAGGAGAAGAACCUCGUUAGUUGCGAGGAGAAGUGCGUGCGCCAGGGCUUCGGAGGCUUCGUGGUGGAGGCAAGUGACGAACUGGGAAUGGUCAAGGUGUGCUUCAAGCAGCAGAGCCCGCAGACUUUGGCUUCGUUGAGAAGAAGCUCAGCCAAAAGAACACUUCACGUGAGGCCUCUGGGCCGUCCGCCGAAGCGGCCAAAUAAGGCUGCGGAAGAGGGUGGUGGAAGAAAUCAUUCAUGGGAGGCGUGGGUAGACGGGCUUGCUGUCCUAGUGACGGCCACAAGCGAUUCCCAGAAUGCUGCCUACUGCGUUUCCUAUUUUGAUGCCCACCUCGCCGUCACAAAGCAUGAAUCGGACAAGCAGGGUUUCACGGAGGCAGCGCUUUUGGGCAGCAGCGAGGCCAACAAUGCCUUCGUGAGACUGCUUCAGCUGGCAAGGAACCUCAUGCAAGCGUACGGAGAUGCUGGCAUCAAGGUGCUUUGA